AUGAAGCCUUUUUCUCCUUUGAAUGUACUUACUUUGACAGCGUUGGCGGGCUGUGUGAACGCACACGGAUACAUUUCGCAACCCCAUGCAACGUACAAGCCCCGCACCAUCUACACGACCUAUAAUUGUAAAAUCAAUGCCAGCAUUAAUAAGGGAUUCGCCGGCGGCAUCUACAACGCUAAGCCAGAGGACAAUGCCAAGCAGUUCGCCGAGCACUGGGACGCUACAGGGUACACGUCGCUUCUUGAGAUGCUUAAACCCUAUGCUCCAGACUAUGGGAUGUCAAUUUCCACGGCAGACCCAGUCGAUGUGAGCAGCUAUACCGAGAUGUGGUGGCAGAAUGACGAGUACAAGGAAGGCUUCAUUGAAUCACAUCAUGGUCCCUGUGAAUGCUGGAUUGAUGAAAUAAAGGUCUUCCACAAUGACGAUUGUUCUAAAGAAUUUCGGUCAUAUCCUGCCAAGAUCCCUAUCGACUACUCGUCUUGUAAGGCAGGCAAAACAUGUUUGUUUGUCUUCGCUUGGGUGGCGCUUCACUCGAAAGAUUGGCAGGGUUACAAGCAAUGCGUGCCUAUUAUCAAUAAAGGCUCGGGCAAGUCUUCUGACAAAGGUGCCACUGCCGAUACAACUGCACCAAAUGAUACUCCAACUACACCCGCGAUGACCCCGCCUGCUACCCCGCCUGCCACCCCGCCUGCCACCCCGCCUGCCACCCCGCCUGCCACCCCACCUGCGACCCCACCUUUUACCCCACCUGCUGCCCCACCUGCUGCCCCGCCUGCUACCCCGCCUACUACCCCACCUGCUACCCCGCCUGCCACCCCGCCUACUACCCCGCCUGCUACCCCGAAUGCCACUCCAGAUGCGACCCCAGAUGCGACCCCGGAUGCGACCCCGGAUGCGACCCCGGAUGCUACCCCGGAUGCUACCCCGGAUGCGACUCCAGAUGCUACCCCGGAUGCUACCCCGGAUGCGAUUUCAGAUGCGACCAUGCCUGCCCCACUGACAACGGACUUUACCCCGAUCGCGACGACAGCUCCCGUGGGCACUCCUGCUACAGACACGAGUACUGAGACGCAGGGUAGUAAACCUGCUAGCUCUUGCAAAAGACGCAAGUGA